UAAGAGAACAUGUAUAUUGUAGCUAUGCUCAACGUCGACAAGUCUGCCUAAAUCCUGACAUCCAGUCCGUCAAUAUCGUCUAUAUCGAGAUCACUACCUAGGUUAAGUACCUUUUGUACAUAGAUCUCUAAUAUAAAUAAUAUCCCAAUGCCAUCCUGUUCCGUCUCAAAUCGAACGUAGUUGUCUUAAUAUACCUCACCUCACUUCUCUCCAAGUUCUCUCAUCUCCUCAUUCAACCUCGUCUCGUUUCUACCUAAGUCUCUAGCAUUAUCUUGAGUCCUUAUAUUCUGAGCUGAGCUCAGUCGAGAACAAUGGCAGCUAUAGACCUUCCCAAGUUACCCGUCGCCCACGACGGGCUAGUGAACUACGUGGCCAACCACCCCGAGACUCCGAUGAGAGAGAUAAUGGAGCCCUUUCGCAAGUACGAAGCAAAAUUACGUGAAGUAUACGCUCAGGAGCGUAACAACCCGGCCUUGGAUAACCCUUAUCUCAACACCCUACCCCUUUUCACUAAAGAUACGCCAAGUAUCAAGACUCGUGCCCGUAACCUCGAGGCGGAAUCGCCCGAGGAGAAAGAGAAGUACAUCAUGACCCUCCCGGACGACAGGCGACGUCCGAACGGCUCACCCGCCGUCGUUACUUCUCUCAAGGAGUUCCGCCGCAACUUCGGCAUCUUUUCCGAGUCGUCGCUCGCCGAGAUGGACUGGAGCAAUGUCGUUGCCGCCGGGUCGUCCGUGGUUAACUGCCUCCUCCCCGUCCCCGACAGGUACAACAGCUCGAAGAGAGCUCUUCGCGAAUAUUAUCAUCAGAAGUUCUGCCCUGCUUCUGACGUCGACUUGUUUUUAUACGGGCUCGACGAACAGCAGGCCAUCGAGAAGAUCAAGGAUAUCGAAGCACGGGUUCGAGACGCAAUCCUCUCCGAAGUGACGGUCGUUCGAACUAAGAAUGCCAUCACUAUCUGCAGUCAAUAUCCCACUCGCCACAUCCAGAUCGUUCUUCGAGUAUAUAGGUCUAUCUCGGAGAUUCUUACCGGAUUCGAUAUCGACUGUUCCUGUGCUGCUUACGACGGAGAACAGGUGUAUUGUACCCCGCGAGCUCUGGCUUCGUACAUCACCCAGAUAAAUCCUAUCGAUCUCAGCCGGAGAAGUCCCUCCUACGAGAAUCGUCUCUCCAAGUACAGUCACAGGAACUUUGAGGUCUACUGGUCAGAACUAGACCGAUCUCGGGUCGACCCUACCAUCUUCGAACGUAGCUUUCAGAGAGUCCUCGGGCUUGCCCGCCUACUCGUUCUCGAACGCCUGCCGACUACGAACGCCCGGGACGAAUAUAUGAAGAAGCGUAGACAGGAGAGGGGUCGGCCGGAACUGCCUUUUCGUUACCAGCGCCGCCUUCGAGGAAAUAUCAAAGAUUACCACGAGGACGAAGUGGCAGAUUGGGUUGCCGAGGACGAAGUUGCUAACUACCAUACCUUCACCAUCCCCUACGGCGAGAAGUUCCACGCAAAGAAGGUCGAAAAGCUUUGCUAUACUAAGGACUUACUUCUGAACGCCGAAUGGAACCAACCUAAGGAGAGGGAGGUCUAUCUGCACAGACACCCCGCGUUCUUUGGGAGAGUCCAGGAUGUGAUCGAUGACUGCUGCGGUACCUGUCCGAAGCCCAAAACUCCCGAAGAGAUCGAAGUAGCAGAAAAGGAGAGCGAGAUAUAUGUGUCCGGCAAAGUAACUUUUCGCAUUGACGAUCCAGGUAGACAGCAAAUAGGUUCAUUUAAUCCGCUCACCGAGGAUGACUGGACCGAGAUGGCAUACGUCGGUAAUACCGCUCGACUCUGCCAGGCCAUCGUCGACGGCGACCUCGAGCACGUGGAAGAUUGGCUAUCGCAAGAAGGCGCCGAUCCCAACAAGAGGGACUACACAGGCCGAACUCCUCUGCACCUUGCCGUCAGCAGUUCGACUCCUCAGAUAGUGAAGUGUCUUGUCGACCACGGAGCACGUCUCGUCGCUCGCCUAGCGGACGGGCGGACCGCGCUCCAUCUAGCCGCAACACGAGGCGAUAUUGAGAUACUAAAGAUCCUUCUUGAGAGGAGCAAUGCUAACGAGGAAGAGGAAGGAGAUAAGCUCGACAGGCGUCGCAAGGCUCGUAAUGCGACCAGCCAAGAUACACCACAAGUCGAAACCGACGAGAAGUCCGGCCAUGAAUCUGAUGAAAACUCUGACACCGAGAUGAUAAGCGACGAAGAAUCCGACCGUAGCAACGAUAUAGAGACCGUAUAUACCGCCGGAUCAUUUGUCAAGGUCGACAAAGACGAAAAAGCCGAGGAGGAUGAGGCCUCGGCGCUUGAGGACGGCCAGGGCGGACCUGAUUUCUACAAGAUCGACGCCAUCGCAUGGGACUCCAAAUGCAGCCCUUUGCAUCUAGCCAUCCUCGGGGGCCACUGCGAAGUCGUCAAGCUCUUGUGCCAGGAAUUCGGUGCCGACGUGUUCUUGCCCGUCAAACACGGCGACGGGUCGCACUCGAACCCUAACGUUGCCAUCCUAACGUUGACCCUGGCUUUAGCUCUCCCGACCGAUAAGGCCAUACCGAUGGUAGAGACCUUGUUGAGCUUGGGCGCCACGUCUUCGCAAGCCGAGACGAACGGUGUGACCGCGUUCCACCGAUACGCGAGAAGCGGCAGGCUGGAACUAAUGGGGAUCUUAUUGGAGAAGGACAAGAUCGGUCUUCAGAAUGCCAUCAACCACGUUGCCACUUACGGAAGUAUCUAUCACGGUAGCGCAAAUAACCCACUAGUUUCGGCUUUGGACGCGGGUAGCCGAGAUAUCGUAUCUAAACUUCUCCAAGUGGGAGCAAAGGUUGCCAUCGACUUUGACGACUGGUUGAAAAGUGCCAAAGUCACUUACGGAGAUCACAUGGGUGUAAGACAAGGCGCUUACGGAUACCAACUGGAUACACACAAGAAUCUUGAGAAAUUUCUCGAUCAAACCGAGCAGCCUCUGAUCGUUGCGAUUAGAUCUCGGCAUCCCGCAGAUGCUAUCGACAUAUUAGAGAAAGGAGCUGAUCCAAACACAGUUACCAAAGUAAGCCAUGCGGUCAUCAGGUCCCAGAGUUCCAGCUGGAACAAGGGCCAGACCGCAUUGGAUCUCGUGCGUGAUAUACUUCAAGAGUGCCGCGAAUAUAAGGGGCAGCUGGUCAAAUGGAGCCAAGCUUCACAGUCCGGAGAGGAAGCAGGCUUCUACAACUCAGAGACAAAUACUUACCAGAAGCGCCCGGCCGAACCUUUCGGAAUAGAAGAGUUCCUAGCAAAAUUUAGCCCAGGGACUUACCAGCACUGGGCCGUCUCUUUGGACAUUACCGCGACACUCGAGUCUCACAAAAACCAGAUGAAGUGGUUCGAAAAUGAGAAAGCAAAGAAGUCCAAUCCGCAGGACUUGAGGGAUAAACUCGACGUCCUCGAAGAUGUCAUCUCGCAGCUCGAAAGCGUGGAGAAUAUCCUCGAGGCCAAGGGUGCGAAAACUUUCAAGGAACAGUACCCCAAAGCCCCGGAGCAAUUGAAACGCGCGUCUUAUCACGUUCCGGUCAAUGAACCGUCGGCAUACGAGUUGAAAUUCAGCUUCAAUGCCCUGGACGCCACAGGCGCAAGAAAUGACGCAUAUAUCAAACUUUUGGAGGCGGCCUGGGCUGGAGACCUUCCCACGAUCAAAUCUCUCACCCUAGCUCCGUGGGACGCAGAGAAAAAGGAACCGCCUCUAAAGAUAGCAGUGUCCGACGCGAAGCACAACAAUCCGUUCUCUCUCGCCUUCAUACGCGGGCAUUACGACGUGGCGAAGGCGAUUCUAGAGAUCGCUCACGCCCAGUGGGCGCCGAAAGAGGAGAAGACGAAGCGAUUCACCAUGAAUAAGGUCGAAGGCGAAGAUUCCGCGGAGUCCGAAAGCGACAGCGACAGCGACGACGAACCCGGGAUAUACGAAAAGAUCAUCGACGACAAGUUCACCAUCGAAGACGUCGGCCAAGUCUCUAUGCAAGUAAAGAGCGAAACCCUCGCAACCCAACUUCUUAACUGGUCGGCGCCAUCAUUUAUAUGCCGCGGCGGCGCGUUUGUGGGGAGCAUAAAUCCGCAGGUACCCCUUUUCACCGCCGUAAAGGAUAACGACAUGAAGGCUUUCAACUUCUUGCUCGACCUUAACAUUUACUUUGCCAGCAGAGAGCCCGUCGGCGAAGAUGAAUCGAGCCGGUUCUUCACGUUUCCGCAGAACCUAUUCGAGUACGCCUUGGGCCUCGGCCGGACGGAGAUGCUCGCGACCGUCGUCAAGCGGGUCGGCGCGGGGAUCCCGAUAGACGAGCUAGUGAAGACGACCGGCGAGGAACCGAAAGCGAAACCUCGCUACUACCAGGGUCUGAGCGUCUACGGGAAGAAGAGAGCGGACUGGGCCAAAGCAGGCCGCAACCUCGUGGUCAAGACGACGGGAAGCAAAGUACCGCCGCUGCUCACCGCCGCCCAUCGGGGCUCCUUGGAGUCCGCGGAAUGGUGCAUCAGCGACGCGCCGAUGCGGCUCUACUCGGAGUUCGGCAAAUCCAAGGUCGCCAAGGAGGAUCCGCGUCUCAAGCACUUAGUCAACGCUCCCGGCGGAUUCGACAGGGCUAUCGCAAAGUGGCUCGGGGCCCAGAACGACCUCGUCAUCCACUGCGCCGUGAUGGGCCAGCACACGGAAGGUCAGAACAAGCUCGUCGAGUAUCUAACAAAGGUGUGCCCGGCGUCGCUCGAGGCCAGGACCGAAGAAGGGCGGACUCCGCUAUACAUCGCGUGCCUCCUCGGCAGGCUCGACUUAGCCAAGACGCUGCUGGACGCCGGAGCCGACCAGUCCGUGAAGGACAACAACCUGAACAACAUCAUCCACGCUCUGCUGACAAACCUGGGGACCGGGCCGGACAAGGACAAGCUCGACCGUCUCCGGGCCUUCCUGAACCUCCUCGACCCGGAUCUCAGGGCGCACAUGUUCCUGCAGCGGAACAACCUCGCGAGCGGCGGCGACACCCCCCUCCACUUCUGGCUCAAGACCGCCAACCCCAACACGGUCUACCGAGGGAACCGCAGCCGUUUCGGCUACACGCUGCUCAACGACGAGAACUCCCAGAACGUCGAGGUCCUGCGCCUGCUCCUAGAGUUUUCCGGCGGCGCGGAACUCGGCAUCUUCAACGGCGCCGGGGAUACAGUCCUGCAUUCCGCGGUGCUUCGCCACCUGGCAGCGCACGUGCGGGUGAUUCUCGACCAGGACCCCGACCUGGCGUACCGCGAGAACGCGGUCGGCCGGACGCCGGGGGAGAUCGCGCACGACCUAUUCAUCAACUCGAAGACGGGAACGCAGAAGUCCCUCGAGACGGCGCGGGACACGACGAACAGCGUCGUGAGCAGGCUGAAGAACAGCGGCAGACAAGGCUUGCCAGCAACCUACUACAGGCGACGAGGCAGGGCUCCCGGAGACGCGGUCGGGAAGGACCGCAAGGAGAGCGCGUGGCGGGUGCUCGAGAAACAUCUUCAUCAUCAUAUCGCUGCCGCCAACAAGCGCCGUCGCCUCGUCAGCCUCAACGAGGCGAACGACGUGGCGAAGAGGCUGGGCGAGAGCUACGCCGGGCAGCGGUACUACCAGAGGCCGACGUCUACGGACGCCGAGGAAUACCAGGAACAGCAGCAACAGCCUCAGCAGCAGCAGGAUGAUAAAUUGGUGGGUUUCAUCUCCACGAUGUACGAGGGUGCGAAACAGGGAGCUUGGGUUGGGAGAGACCAACGACGUACUUCCUCCGAACCUACUACUAUCUUUGGAAGCGGUAUAUAUCGUGUCUAGGCUGGGUUAGAGUAGUUUGAAGAUGGAUGGGUUUUGGGUUGGUAUUCUUGUUAUGUACUGACCUUUUUUUGGAUAUCUCAAUUUGAGAAACAUAUAAUAGGUUCUCCUGUUAUAUCUUUACUGCAAUGCUCAAGUAGGUCAAGUUCAAAAUGUAGGAAAUUUGAGGCACGCUGCUCCCUCGAAGGUGCUUCGAGGGGUAAGCGCUAAUAGAUCACUACUCAAC